AAGAAGCAAUGUAAAACAGAAAUUGUUUUUAAUCCAUUGUUUUGAAAAAGUAACGUCACUCUUAGCUUAAUAACUGACAAACUAAUAAAUAGAAUAUCAUGAAAUUUGAAUAGCUGUCUUUUAAAGAUUAGUAUUGACUGAAAAAGGUGACUGGAAUACAACUAACGCCAUCUAUGUGUUAUGCCGGGAACUUUUCAGCCCAUGUGUUACAUGAAAGGUACCAUGUUCAAAGUUCCGUUGACGGUCAGUCAAGGGAACUUUGUACGCAGACCGCACUAAACAAGAAAUAUUGAGAGGUAAAAUGUUCUAGCUUCAAAAGAACUAAUUGGUAAAACCAACCAGGAUCUACCUCUGAUCUCUCGGUGACAUGUUCAUGAGUGUAAGUGAUUCUAGAACACAAAUAAAUAUUGCUUAUUUUUACUAUUUAUGGCUCAAGAUUUUCUUCUAGAUUUGUUUGCAGUAAAAUACAAUUUUAACAACAGUCUUCCAAAUACCAUGCAAAUGUGACAAUUGAGAGUUAAUUUCGAAUUGUUCAGUGUUGAUAUAUUCUUGAAAAACAAAACUAUCCAAGACUCAAAGAAACAGCGUUGUUUUUUCAAUCAUUUUUAGAUGUUCUAAAGCUUGCUUCAUUUAGAAUUGGAACAAACUUUUGCUCAUAUUGUGGCGCUCCUGGUGGACGGAUUUGGAAGCUCUUGGCGCCCACGUGUCGGGAAUUUUGUCAGCUUCACGUAUGAUUUUUGACAUUCCGCAAAUCGACUGUACUUUGUAAACAAUCAACAUGGAAGCCGAAAGAAGGGAACAAAUUGUGUACAGUUAUUUGGAAAAUCCAUUGUGGUCUGCAUCUAGGCUAUCUAAACAGCUGAAAUUACCCAGAAAUACCGUAUGGCGCGUUAUCAAACGGAAUAAGGAAACAUUGACGACGAUUCGGAAACCAAAUUUAAAUUUGUUUUUGCCGACAAAUUUGCAAGAAAAUUUAUGAUUUGGCAGGGUAUUUGCAGCUGUGGCAAAAAAACGAAAGUUUUCGUUACAAAUAAGACAAUGACAUCGGAACUAUACCAAAAAGAGUGUCUCCAAAAACGAAUUUUGCCGUUCAUUCGAUCCCACGACCAUCCCGUAAUGUUUUGGCUAGAUUUGGCAAGCUGCCAUUACAGCAGAGUCGAUCAAGAAUGGUAUGCAGAGAAAGGGGUCCAGUUUGUUCCGAAAAACCUUAACCCACCCCACUGUCCCCAGUUCAGCCCUAUUGAGAAAUACUGGGCAAUCAUGAAGAGGAGACUCAAGGCAAAGGGAAAGGUUGUCAAAGACAUCAUUCAGAUAAUUACCUGUUGGAAUAAGAUAGCUAAAACGAUGGACGAAGAAGGUGUGCGCCGCCUAAUGAGCCGUGUUACAGGAAAAAUUGGAGAAUUCCUUCGAAACCAUGAUGAAUAAUUUUAUCCGUAUUUUUUCUUAAAAGUAUGAAGAAAACGCUACAUUCGUAUAAAAAAAGAUCUUGAAUUCAAUUAAAAACAACUGAAAUAUAGGCAAUUGUCUUUGUUCCAAUUCUAUCUGAAAUUCUGCAUUAAAAAAAUCAAACUUCUUCAAACCCUUCUCGAGGAUGCACCAAACCGGAACCAACUCAAUUUCGUCACUCCCGAAAAUCGUUAACCACGUCGGUACUACUCAUCGCCGUAUUGAACCGCUUCCGCCACUCGUUCGGUCGCUCUAUUUAUCGACGUAUCCUUUUUCGGUUGCUUCCUGAUCACACGGAUGAGGACAACGACGACGACGACGACGAUGACAACGGCGAUAUCGGCGAAUUCAGACGGUUGCCGACCAACUCCAUCCGACUCAUCCAAAGCGGAAGGAGGCGAUGGAGAAGGUGAGGAUGGAGAAGGUACGUGCUAGGAUAGUUGAAUUUUUCUCCCUCUCACCGCCAGCCACUCACUGGCAGAGUCACUCACUCACCAAACCAAAUUCCUCGUUUCCUUAUUGCGGGCGUUGCACAACAACGCUUCCAGCAACCGCGUGACAACGUGAUUGCCAGUGUUGGAAGCGAUCGGGGUUCCAGGUUCGGUGUAAUUACUGUACCCGCGAAUGUCUGGCAGCACUGGCUUCCUCAAGACGAAGAUGACGCGGUGAGACGACAACGGGGGGCAACCAACAGGCUGCCAACGACGAAACCGGGAAAAUUGGAACUAGCCGUGGAAAAAAAAGACUGUGCCGUUCCCGUUUUUCGUUGUGGCCCAUUAUACCCACUACCCCUCCCCUCUCGCUUGCCUGGUGUCUCGUCGGAUGUGGUGCUUUCGAUCCAAACGGCGACACUAAGUGUAUGCUGCUGGAGACCCGUACAGGCGCGACAGGCAGCCAUUUUCACACCCCUCGUCGUGCUCAGCUCAGAAACCGCCGCCGCCGCCACCACCGUCACCCCCUCGACAAUUGCGCGUUGCGCUAAACCCAAGCAAUGUUGUUUCGGCACUCGGGGUUCGGCGAGAGAUGGAAUUUUUUGUUCUGCUUGCACUGCUCUAUCACAACUAUUAUAUUUCUCUACGGGUUGCACGACGACACCUUCCCCCUUUUCCCGAACGGUACCGUCGUCACCAGCCACCACGUGAGGGUAUCCUAAAAUGAGGCCACAAAAAAAAGUGUAGUGCCGUGGCGCAGUAGUUGGAGAUGCAAUUCUGGCGGCCCUGGUAUGUGUGUUUCGGGUUUGCUGCCUUUGCCGAUGGUCCUCUGAUCAGGCUGCUAGAGAAAGAGAGAGACGGUGCGAGUGUGACGGGUGAGUGUGUAGGUGUGGGUGUGGUUGUGUGCGCGUGGCGGAAGAGCUGCCUGGAGUGUAUAUAUAAUAACAUUUGGGGGUUGCAUUAUAUAGUUUUCUUCCUAGUUCCUGUGGCUCAUGGUUUAUGCUUUUAGUUUUUUUUAUUUUGUUCGUUGGAGUCGUACUCUGGUGUGUGCUUCCUCGUCGGAUUUGGUCGUUCGAUAGUGGCAACGGCCACCGGGGCAGGAGAACCGAGGCUUCGUCGGUCCCCCCGUCAGCGACGGCGGCGGCGGCGGCGAUCGUCGAAGCAGCUGCAGUUCCUCCUCAGCUGCACUGGUGGUGGUGUGUGGCAUUAUUUGGAAAAGUUUUUCGGGAUAGAGCAACAAGUGACUCUCUAGGAUUCGGUCGGUCGUGCGCUAGUUAUCGAACAACAAUGCUCGCUGCAGGAACCAGCCAACACUAGCAGCAGCACAGGUCCUACCGAGGAACUCCAGGAGCAACUAGUGGCAGAGCCUUUUGUGUGUGACAUUCUGUGCAAAGCGCCUGUAGGGCGAUGUGAUGUGAUAGUGCAGUGAGCAGGACAUUAGCGAACGAAAUUGUCUUCAGUCCGUACACAACUCGAAGUGACCAUCAGCUGUGCCACCGUGAUUGUACGUUGUUGCAUCCGAUCGGUAAACACAAAGUAGGCGGCAGGCAUCCAAACCGUGCGUGUUGGCCGUACGCACAACCGACGCACACAUACACACACACACACACACACACACACACACACACACACACCUACGCAUAUGCAUGCAAAACACGCGUGUUGCUGAGAUCACAAGCCAGCCGGGUUGCUUGGAUAGUCGAGGAAAGUGCGUGAAUAAUAUUGCUCUCGGCCCCCGUCAACUUUGCCCCGACCCGUCUGCUGCUCAUCAGUGAGUGUGUGUGCACAAGACAGGUGAAUCUUCUUCUUCGAAGGAAAAUCUCAUACAACCCAAACCCCCCCACUCCCAAACCUCCUUCCCGAUCCGGGACUCUGUUAGACGGUCCCGGCAAUCCCAGACGGUGAAACGAACAAUAUGUUUUUCUUCCCUGGUGCGAUGAUCAACGCGUUUGCCGCCGCCGAUGUCGUAGAACAGGGCACGGAAACUCAACAGCAGCCGCAGCAACCGACCCAGCAUCAAUCGGAACAGUUGCUGAAGACGACAUCGACGACGAUGGUGGCGGCCGCGGCAGCGGCGACAGUGACGACAAACGGACUGGAGCGCGUUGCUGAAGAAUUGAUGGGACGCAGGAAAUGGAAACAUUAUCAGGACGUCUUAACACGCCAACAGUUGAACCUACUGGACCCGAGCACGAACGCGACCGCGGACGACGACGAUCUGCUCAACAGUGCAGCAGCAGCAGCAGCUGUCGUGGCCAGCAGUGUUGCCAGCAACGCGGUCUCACUCACCCCCGCACUGGUGGCGGCAGCGGUGAGCGGCAAUCUCCUGGACCCGAAGGGGGCCGCCACGAUUGUACGCAACGGACACUAUCAGCAAGAGGGCGAACUAGAAUCAAAACUAGCAACAUCCAACAAUCAACAAGUAGCAGUGGUAGCAGCAGCAGCAGCAGCAACAGAAAAACAGACAGACCUUCAUUCACCUGCAGAAGCUGCUGCGACUAAGAAGAAUCAUUUCGAUGAUAACGACACGAAACCGACGGCAGCGGGAAAUUCUCCUCCUCACCAGCAGCAGCAGCAGCAGCAAGCGGCGUCCACUCUAGUGGGGACAGCAGUAACGCUUCUGAACAAUAAUAAUAACAACAACAACAAUCAUCGUCACCCCCACCACCACCACCAUCACCAGCAGCAGCAGUUGGUGGAAGCGAAAAAAGACCGAUCCCAUCCGAAUCUGAAUCAGUCGGUAGGGCAGGUGAACGAAGAGGAGGAGGAAAAGGAGGAGGAGGAGGAAGAGGAAGACGAGGAGGUGGAGGAGGAAGUUCACGAAGACGAACAGCAGACGCCGGGGGAAGAAGUUCAACAUCUCGUCGGGGUGACGGGAGACAGCUUCAGUAAAGCGGUGAAUUCCGUCUCCUCACCGGCGUUGUCCUCCUCGUCCUCAGCGUCAUCGUCGUCGUCGGCGGCUUCGUCUUCGUCGGUAACGACGGCCACGGCCACGACGACGGCACUGCUGUCACCCGGCACCGUCGAUCUCGAAGACCGGAAGCAGCUAGCAGUCGGCAAGCGAGCGAUCAAACUGGAAUCAACAGCAGAAAAUCAAAACAAUUCGUCAGCCACACCGGAGCAGAGUAAACUAAUUAGGCAAGAAAAUUGUAACAAUCUACUGAACAGCAAAAUCAUCAUCAACAACAACAACAACAAUAAUAAUAAUAACAAUAGUAACAGUGCAACAAACAACAACAACAACAAUAAUAAUAUUUCAAGUGGAAACCUCGGCGGCAGUCCGACCCAAACGGCAACAACGACGACGGCAGCGGCGACGACGCCGGAUGGGGACAGUGCAGAAGGCGCCGGUUUGAAGCAGCAGCAGCCACCGACCCCGAUCGACUGGAAACCGCAAGACAAGUGCUACUUCUGCGUCGACGGGAAGCUGCUUACGGUGAACGAAGCAGGCGAACUGGUGCCCGAGUCCGGCGUCGGACAUCCCGGUGCACUACCGAAAACGGAACUGGAGCUUAGUCACGGGGCGCUGCACGACAGCGACAGCGAUUCAAGUGACAGCAGUGAGCCGGAUCUUCGGGCCGUCGUCGGACGGCCGGGUUCUGCCUCGUCGAAAUCGCUGGCCGCCCUGUUGCGAAACGCCGGUGGUGUACCGCCGACGAUGACAUCGCUGCAAUCGAUGGCGGCACAGUUUGCCGCCGUAGCGUCACUGCAAGGGAUUCAGCCGGGUCUGGCUCAGCUCUACAACCCACUGUGGUACUCCCAGUUGCAGCAGCAGAUGUCUCCCUCCAGCGGUAGCACGGAAGCAACGACGGCUGGAGUUGGCAACCCGGCGGUGAAGGGCGAAGGCGGUGGAGUCGUGCUCGGGCCGGGCGGUGAGCAACCGCUGGAUCUGAGCGCCAAACCGGGCACUUCCGGUCUGAAUGCGGGACUCAUGAUGAGCAUGAUGGAUCCGAAGCAUAUCUACAAGGCUAAGCCACGCCUCUCACCGAUCGGUGGCCGACGGACGUACACCGAGGACGAGCUGCAGAGUGCCCUGCAGGACAUACUGAACGGUAAGCUAGGAACACGCCGGGCUGCCGUCCAGUACGGCAUUCCGCGAUCCACACUGCGCAACAAGGUCUACAAGCUGGCGAUGGAACACAAACGGGAAAUGCUGCACAACAUGUCGCUGGCGGCGCUGGUGGACGACGACGACGAUAAGGAUUCGCUCGAGGAUGACGGUAAAGAGGAUUCGUACCAGAUGAAACUGAACCAGCAGGCCAUCGCCGAGGCGUACCUGCGGAUGUACCGGGGCAACAGUAGUACACCGAAACCGGAACCGAGCUCUUCGAACCCAUCGACGCCUCCUCAGCAGCAGCGAACGCCGGAACCACCGUUGCUUAAACCGAUACAGUCGCAAACACCUCAACCGACGGUACCACCUCAAUCAUCGCCCCUGGCGGCUGCAGCCAAUAGUUUGAUUGAUCCCAAUCUGUUGCUACAGCUGCAGAGCCUACUGCUGGCAGGAGGCAUCCCGGGAUUGAUCAAUACGGUGUCCCAAGCCAAGAGUCCGGAAGAGGCUGCCGCUACGCAAGUGGCUCUCGCGGCCUUACCCGAACUGCUGAAGAAAGUCAUCCAACAGCAGGAGCAGAUCGCUGAGCAGAUCAAGAAGGCCACCUCCAGCGAACCGAGGCCCAGUGCGAGUACUCCAACCUUGAACAACGGUCAACCGUUCGAUCCCAGACUGUUACCUUACCUGCAGGCCCAACAGCAGAACAAACCUCGGACGGCAUCCGGUACGCCGGAAACGACAUCCUCACUUGACCUGAACGACGGCGGAAGCGAUGACUCGCAAGUUAUUCUGAAAAUUCCAUCCUACAAACCAGUUCCGGGCAGUACUCCAACGAUGCCAACGACGGCUGCCGCCCUUCUGGCAGCCGGCAAAAACGGAGAUCAUCACAGUCUUUCAACACCCUCACCGCCCACUGCCGCUGCAACGGUACGCGAUCUUAGCAGCUUGGUAAGCGGAAGUCUUGGUGCACCGGGCCCCAGCGUGAACAGUAACAGCUCAAGGUCAGUACACACAACUAGUCCCCAGCAGCCAGCACAGCAAACACCUGCCCAACCCACGAACCACAUAUCCGUCAUAUCGCCUCCGAUGGGAAUCAGGCCACGGAGUAACUCGCAGUCUCCGCCGAGCCUGCUAGGGGGCAAGUCUAUGCUGUCGAUCAACGACGUAAUCGCGCGAAGUAUCAGCAAAAACUUCCAACAGCACCAUCAGUCGGAUCUGCUGAAACAGCAAAUGGAGUCGAUGGAGCAGUACAAGCGGCCGACCAUUUCGGUGAUCAAGAAUCUUGGUGGAACGGACAUUUCCCGCUUCGGUAGUAACCCGAACAUUACCCAGAUGACGGCGGCACAGCUGGCAAACACCGGUACCGGUGGCAAGGGAACGCGACCCAAACGGGGCAAGUAUAGGAACUACGAUCGAGACAGCCUGGUGGAAGCGGUCAAGGCAGUGCAACGGGGUGAGAUGUCGGUACAUCGAGCGGGAAGCUACUACGGAGUACCGCAUUCGACUCUGGAGUACAAGGUCAAGGAACGUCAUUUGAUGCGACCUCGAAAGCGAGAGCCCAAACCUCAACCCGGGCUGGAUGGGCUCAAGUCGGAUCUCGGUUCGAGUAGCUCCGUCAUGAGGAACAUGGACAAAAGUAAAAACUUGGGACUGGGUUCCGGUUCCAAGCCUCAGCAACUGAAAAGUCAAUACCCGAGCGCAUCGCCGAACGGUGGUCUGAAAAUGCCCAUGUUCGAUCCGGCCAUGGCUUCUCAAUUAUCCUACUCAUCGCCAUUCCUGUGGCAACAUCCGGUUGCAGGGUUCUCCGGGCUUCCGAUGGAUUUUGCUCGACAAUCAGUUGGAGCUGCGGGGGCUUCGGGAUCCAGUGGUGCGUCCGGUGAUAACAUCUUCGCCUCGCCCAUGAUGCAACGGUUUCAGGAACAACAGCAAAGCAACAAAGUACCCACCAUCAGCAGCAACAGUGGUUCCGGGAGUACACCGAAAACCGCACGCGAACUAGCCGAAAGCAUAUACGACGGAACCAGUACGAACGGGUCACUACUGGACGACAUCAUCCGGCACAGUCUGGACAAGAAACCCAGCGAGAUGCCCCACGGAGCCCUCUUCGAUCAGUUAAUGAAAACCAACAACCUCCGAACGUCAAUCGGCGGCAGCUCGGAUGACGCCUCAGCAGCCCUUCUUGCCAGGGUCGGUGCUAAGCGCAGUGCCACCAGCCCCCUCAAUUACCUGCCGGAAAACAUCAAACGAGAACGCGCUAGUCCCGGUGCGUCGUCCACCUCCUCGACGGGCAGCAGUAAACCGAUGUCCCUCCCGGCGGGUCACGGUGGAUCCGUCGGUUUCAACGACCAUCACCUCCACCAACAGCAGCUUCAUCUUCAACAACAACAACAGCAGCAUCAGCAACAGCAACGGCACUUGAAUACCUCCACCGAUAGUAUGCUUGAGAGUCACCGUGCGGAACUGCUGGCCAAAGGAAACCUAGCGGUUGAGAACCUCAUCAAACUCCGUGAGGAUCUCACAUCGAUGUCCGUGGCGCACCAUCACAAGAGGACACCGAUGGAAGAUCAACACAACGGGGCCGGUCUCGGACCGGACGGUGGAGGACAAACCAACAAAGCGUCCAUCACUGCGGAACAUCAGAUUCUAUCGCACCGGCUUGCCAGCAAACUGCCGGCCGACGACAGCUCAUAGAAGCGACCGCCACUAGAGGCGCUACUGUUGUGGCGCUCGCGUACGUUUCUAGGUUAGACAACAAGCAGACAGAAAGAGAUGUAGUUCAAAUAUUAUUAUCGUAGUUAAAAGGAGAUAACGCGCGCAUUGGGGCAAGUGUUAACAAUUUUUAUCCAUAAACACACAAACACACACAAAACACUCACACACAGAGAGAACUCUUUUAAGAAAAGUAAAAUAAUGAAAAAUCAAAACUAACACAAGAUGAUGAUGAUGAAGAAAAUGAUGAAAAUCGCGGAUUAUAGUCCACUAGUGGAGUGAUAGAAAACGUUUUUUUUAUUGUAGUAAUGAUGAAACAGAAGAAGAAGAAGAAGAAGACGCAAGUUUUUUGACAAUCGACAAAUAGGCUCUUGUAAAAUCUGGAAACCCCUCCCUACACACAAGUAGAAACCGCCUAAGAUGAAACAAACCUAACAAACAAACCAACAAAAAAUUGAAACAGAAAAUCGCAUUUUUCGGAAAAUUCCAACAACCCUAGUUCACCCCUAAACAUAUGAAGAAGAAGAAGAAGAAAAAGAAGAAUAACAAAAACCGCAGUAGACAAACGAACAGAAAAAAUUAGAUCAAAAAGUCUGAUUUUUAUAAUAUACCGUGUGAUGAUGAUUUUCGUGAGACGCAACUCGCACUGAGCGAAACCGGAUUUUUUAUCAUUUUACAGCAACUACAAAAAAAAAAGAUAGAGAACAAUACAGUCAAAACAUCAAGUUUUUGAGCAAGGUAAACUUUCGGGACGGGAUGCUUCAUUCCCUCAAUAAAACCGUAAACUAUCAGCUAAACCGUGCACAAACCGGUGGACCGGAGGUUUGGAUAGAACUGCGAAAGUCGAGGUGAAUGUUCGUGUGCGUCGUUCGAACUGGCAACACGGUUUCGUUAAAAAAACGGGCGAAUUUUUCGACUUGUAGUUGGAUGGGAACUUUACUGGCGAACCAAAAUGCUUGACGAUUUUUUCACCUAAUUUUCUAUUCAAACCAUCCCAAAAAAUAAAACGCUUUCUUUUUUUUAAUUACAUGUUCAAAAAAGGAAGUCAUAACUCCAGGGUUACUGCGAUUAAGAGUUUGAAACUAAGUAACGGAAGCAUAUUUUUAAAUUUUGUGGGUUACUGUGAUUGAAAAAGAUCGGAAAGAUUCUUUCAAAAUAUUCAGUAGCCUGGUAACGUAAUAGCAAAACCAUUAGUUGUUUCGACCAGGAUGUUUGCCACAACAGCAAACUGCUUGCCAAACCAAAACCAUUAGGACUCAAUAGUUGUUCUAAUCUGUUUAAAAAAUGCAUUUUUUUUUUCAAUUUUGCAGAAGGCCUCCGAAAGUCUUCUAAAACGUUCUAAAUGUUAAUUUUUAUUCGGCGUGAGGAACUCUAACGGCCGACAUAUUGUUUCUUUUUAACACAAGAAAUUCAAAAAGAAUCAAAAACAUGUCAUUACACCGUGAACAUUUGGUAGCAAGAAAAUUGAACCUUUUCACAUGACUGAAUCAUAAUAGUUGCAACGGAGCAGAAGAUUACAGGAAAAGUUCGCAACAAAAAUUUUCUACAUGAUCAAAUCGCUAGCCAAUUCGUAACUUUUUUUUAUUGAUUUGUGAAGCUCAACUUCGUUUUAUUAACGAAUUUCAUACAUUACCGUGAUGAUGGGACUAAAAUUAUUAACUUUUCCUUGCUUUAGAACCACAAAAAUAUAAAACAACAAAAAUUCCUGAAAAAUAGGUCUUAUAUAAUUAAA